UCAAACUAGGGGAGAGAAACUUAAAAUAUUGGAAUUUAAAAAUAUAUAUUUUUAUUAUUUUUUGUCUUUUUUUUGGUUGUUGAAUUUUUGUGGGUUAUAAAUUCCUCUUUAUUUUUGGAAAAGACCAAGCCGGUGAAAGAGCGAAAAACCACCAAACGGCUAUAAUUGACGUUACAGAAGAAGAAGAAGAAGAAGAGAAGAGGAAGAAAAAAAAAGGAGAGAAAGUUUGUUCUUUUUUUUCCUUUUAUCUGACGAAUCAUUGUUAAAACUUUACUGGGUUUUAUUUGCUAGAUUUUCUCUGCUUAAAAAAUUUGGCCUUUUUUUUUUUUUGCUGUGGAGGACUUUGAUCUGAAUUCUGGAAAGUUGAAGCCUUGAUAAUUAGCAAAUUUUUUUUUUUAUAAAGUUUUUGUUUUUACUGAUUAAAAAGUGGUAAUCUUUGUUGGGUCGUUUAAUCAUGUCUGAUGGGUACUAUAAUUCCAAGAAGACUGAUGAUAGUUGUGAAGAAGUUUGUGGACAGCAAGCGUCCCGUGCAGCGAUGACUAUUUCUAGAUUGCGGUGCAUGUUGCGGGGGUGUGAUAUCAGGACUUAUAUUUUCGUCUUUGUGGCUAUCCCAUUAUUCAUCUUUGGCAUGUAUUUGCAUGGGCAGAAAAUCUCCUAUUUCCUAAGACCACUAUGGGAAUCACCUCCUAAGCCUUUUCAUGAAAUCCCUCACUAUUAUCAUGAGAAUGUGACAAUGGAGACUCUCUGCAAUCUUCAUGGGUGGAAAAUUCGUGAGUCCCCUAGACGAGUUUUUGAUGUGGUAUUGUUCAGCAAUGAGAUAGAUAUUCUCACUCUUCGUUGGAAUGAAUUGUAUCCUUAUAUUACACAAUUUGUGCUUCUUGAGUCCAACUCGACAUUUUCUGGCUUACCAAAACCAUUGACGUUUGCUAGCAACAGACAGCAAUUUAAAUUUAUUGAGCCUCGAUUGACAUAUGGGAUGAUUGGUGGGAGAUUCAGGAAGGGUGAAAACCCUUUUGUUGAGGAGGCAUAUCAGAGAGUUGCAUUGGACCAGCUUCUCAAAAUAGCUGGUAUAGAAGAUGAUGAUUUAUUGAUAAUGUCUGAUGUAGAUGAGAUCCCCAGUGCUCAUACGAUUAAUCUAUUGAGAUGGUGUGAUGAUACACCACCUGUAAUUCAUCUUCAGCUGAGAAACUAUUUGUACUCUUUUGAGUAUCACAUAGACAACAAAAGCUGGAGAGCCUCUGUCCACAGGCACGAGACGGGCAAGACCAGAUAUGCUCAUUAUCGUCAAGCUGAUGUCAUUUUAUCAGAUGCAGGGUGGCAUUGUAGCUUUUGUUUUCGGUAUAUUAGUGAGUUUAUAUUCAAGAUGAAAGCUUACAGCCACACUGAUCGAGUGAGGUUCUCUCACUACUUGAACCCCGAGAGAAUUCAGGAUGUAAUAUGCAGAGGGACUGACCUAUUUGACAUGCUCCCUGAGGAAUACACAUUCAAGGAGAUGAUUGGGAAGAUGGGACCUAUUCCUCGCUCUUAUUCAGCGGUCCAUCUUCCUGCAUAUUUGUUGAAUAAUGCGGAGAAAUACAAAUAUCUUUUGCCUGGUAACUGCAAAAGAGAAAGUGGCUAAGUCAAGAAAAGGGUGUGCUGUAAAGUCUUCGAUUACAAGUUUUGCCUGUACAGGAAAGGGCUGCAUUGACCAUUUGAUAGCCAUGGUGUAGGAUUGAUAGAAGUAUACACUUAUCCAACAAAAUCUAGGAAUUAUACUGAAUCUGGGAGAACUUGAUGGGGUCUAUGACUGUGAGGGGAAACUUUACAUAUGUCCCUCUUAUUGUAGUUGGUUUCUUCCGUUAUGGAGGCAUAUCCAAUUUCCCAAUCCGAGAGCUUGUUGCGAGAGAAGUGUUUGUAUCGGUUUAUAAAGCUUACAUACUAACUCCUGAUGGUAUGACAUAUUCCCCAGAUUGCAUAAAUGAGUAGAAUGACAAUUUCCCAGAUUUUCCCUUCACAGGAAUUUUGUUUUUCUUGGACUGAUUUCUCCAUAUAUUCCUAGUACUGACAAUAACUCGUUGAUUUGAAUCAUUUGACUGCUGUUGGUUCUUCCUGUGAUCAUAAUGCCGAAUUAUCCAUUUCCUAGUCCAUUACUUUCCCUUAUCUUCGUUGUAUACUUUUUUUUUUUUUAAUUUUUCAACACGUUUAAUGUUAGCACAAUGAAAAUGAAAACUCUCUCUCCAGAAAAGGUCAAGUCUUCUUCCAUUCCAUUUUUAAUUCCUUAUCAAAGACUAUUUAGUAAUUGAAAAGUGUCUGUAAUUCUGUUUUUCUUUCUCUGUGGAUGACACCUGUGAAUGCUUUGGUUGACAGGGUCAAGGCACCUUUCAAUCAUUUUUGUUGAGAAUGUUUUUAGAUCUAAGAAUGAUAAGAAUUUACUAUUGAUUGAGGCUGCCUUGGAAACUGCCUUUGGGGUUCAAAACAUGGUUCCCCAUCGAAUAAAUUAGUUUGAUUCCCACUGAAAGUGCUGCAUUUUGCAGACACUUGGAUUUGUUCUUGUGGCUUCACUUUUAAUUGUCACCAAUGUUAUCUAGUGAUUG